GGUCAGGACCCAAUAAAAUAAAGUUCGUGUAAAAAAUUAGAAUGGUUUGUCAUUGCAGCUUUUUGGACUGGUUCUUCUUUAUGUUAAUAAAGUUGUAUAAAAUCGUCUUUUUCUGUGUUUCGGGCUCUACGAAAAUACCAAAGCACGUUUUUCCUGUGCUUCAUAAAUUGGUUUUCUCACUAUGACAUAGUUGCCAACUUACAAAAAAAAACUGACAUAUUAGCUAGCUAGCUAAUUGAAAAUCACUUAUUGUGUCAAAGUAUUGUGAUAAUUAUGAGAAUAAUGCCAUGAUGUGUCCAUAUUGUAAAGAAAUUUUUCUGCAGGAGGGAUUGUAACAUCAACACCUAAAAAAUAAUUUUGCUUUUUUGCCACAGACCAGAAUAUACGUAGCAGUUUUUAUAUCCUCCCGGUCAAAAUGUCAUGUGGUACAACUUUCAAUUGAGGGAAAACAUGGGCGUUUCAUGGUCACACUGUCAAAAAAGAAACUUUAAUUAAAUAAUAACUGCAGGUAUCUAAAGUAAACUAAAGCUAAACUUGUAAAAACCUCCCUAAAACUACACAAUAUGUAAGGUUUGAAAUCAGUAAACAAAGAAUUAUGUGAAAAAAUCAGCCCCUAUUUAUGAAGAGGUGACCUUGAGAACAGUGUGUUUUUCCUCAAAUCAUAAUGGCUGUCAUGAAAGUAAUUGGUCCAAAAGUAUCAUGUAUCAUUUGCUGACCGGAAGAAUACCAGGCGGUUGUUGUACCUACUGUUUUGUCUUUAAUAUUACCGUAACUAUUAACAUAUCUACUGAGUUUGUACCAGGUACUAAAGAAGGUUUGUUUUGUUACUUUCCUAAUGAAAAUUUUUUAUUAACAAAAUGAUUGAAUGGGUUUACAGUUUUAGCUGUAAAAAAAUCUGUGUAAUAGAUGUCAAUGAUCCAGACUCUAGCUUAGAGAGCUGAUGAUAAGAAUGAAAGUGGAAGUGAUAUUCUAUUAGCGAUCUGUGUUAAUGCUCUUCCCCGACCUUGUUAUCAGGGACCUUUUUCCAAUAUUUUAAGGCCCUGAGAAUAAGAGUAUUGUGGCAGUAAUUAUAGGAAUAAACUAACUGAUUUCUUUACAAUCUUAUACCCAACCCGUUUCUUAAACUACUUAUUUCAAACCAAUUGUUUAAAACUUUUGUCAUUACACUAGUCUCGUGUGUGCAUGUGUUGUGUGUCAAUGUGCUGGUUCUGUGUGUAAAUGUGUGUUCAAUUGUUUUCAGUUUUUGAUUUUUUUAUUGUUGUUGUAUUUGUUGUUUUUAUUGUUUUUAUUUUCUUAUUUAUUUUUUUAUUUAUUUCCUGCUUAUUUAGUUGUUACCCCAUUUCAUAUAUCCCUGAAUUGACACCAAUCGAAGUUCUAUAAUCAAAGGUGGCCUCGCAUUUUUCUGGAAAUGCUAUAGUGUGGUCUCCUGGUUAAUUUUCAUAGUUGUGUGGAUAUCAUUAUCAUGUUAUCAUUUAUAUUUUUAUUGUAUUUUUAUUUUUGCUGUUAUCCUUACAAAUAAAUGAGUCUUGUAAAUUUCUCAUUCCAAAUAAAUCAUUACUUACUUACUUACUUGUGGUAUAAAUGUGGAAGCUGUACAGAAAGGCCAGAGACAGAGUUGACUUGGCAAGCGUUUUCAUUUAGGUCAGUAAAAAGACUGUUUGAAAAGUAUGAAAAAGAAGCUCUGAGGACAAGACUGGACAUUUUUCUGUGAUUCUUGUCUGAAAUGCAUAGUGUGCUAUCUAUAUGUGUGAUUUUAAACUGACUGCACUUUCCUGUUUAACGAUAUUUUCAAAAAUAGGUACUUUGUGUAACAGUAUUUUUUUAGUAUAUUUUUAGAGGGGCAAAACAAGCUGUGAACUGCAAUCAUUACAUUUUAUAGCAAUGCUAAUACAUCUGCGUUUGAACGGACAAAGUAUGUCAGAACAUUGAAGUAAAAGAAAUAGAAACAACUAUUUAUAUAAGAUACAGAUUUUAGGGGCAAAGCUAUAAUGACAAAAAUUGUAUAGUUUUUAAGAUAAAAAUUUUUGAAAGCAAAAUCUAUAUAAUAAUACGCCAGUUCUCUAAAUAACUUGGAAACGGGUGGAAUUAACUGACGUCAUUUCCUGCGUGGGUAACUAGGGACUACCUGAGAUCCAUUUGUCAAAAGUACACGAUCCUAUACAUUUUCUUGAUCAGCGUUUCAAGAUCUAUACGAUGAAGGCAACAGCUCACCUACCGUGAAAAAACGACAAGUUGGAUAUGUAAAAGCUGUAAUGGCAUUUCCAGUAAAUACAGCCGAACUAACAAAGUUGGUAGAAUGUAAUAUUUGUUUACAUUCUUUAGUUGCACCCAAGCAAUUGCUUUGUGGACAUACAUUUUGUAAAGGUUGUCUUGAUGAUCUCUUAAAAUUUGAUGAAAAUGGAAGUGCAAGUAUUGAGUGUCCUAUGAAGUGUGAUGACAUUACUUCCAUUAGUAUGGACAAAACUACUGAAUUUUUGCCAGCAAAUUUUGCGUUAAUGGGAGUUUUGGAUUUAUUAAACAAGCAUACAGAAUGUGAUUUAAAUGAUAAGAAAAAAGCGAAAGAGCCAAAAGAAAAACCCAAAGAAAUAUGUCAUCAAUCAACGGGGUGUCAAAAACCAGCGUCUCGUUCCUGCUCACAAUGUAGUCUUAAAUCUUGUACCAAUUGUUGGUCCUCGCAUUCAUGCAAUAAAGGUUUUUAUACGUCUAUUUCAUUUGAUGGAAAGUCUGGUAAAAUUCAACCUCUAUGCCAAAAGCAUCAGUCUAUUGCAAGUGAUGUUUGCAUUAAAUGUGAUAAUUUGUUUAUAUGCAUCUACUGCUCAAACAGAGAACAUAAAGAUCAUGAAAUGAAUUCCAUUGAGGAAAUUGGGACCCUAAUAAAACAUUCAUUUGCCCCACAAAUGGAGUCCCUCAAGUGGGCAGAUGGUAUUUUGCAGGAAUUAUCUUUAACAUAUGAUAACACUUCGGUCGAUCUUAAAAAUUAUAGAGAACGUUAUGUGAAGGAAAUUAAAGCAAGGAAAUUAUAUUGUUUGCAAGAAUAUGCAAAGAUGUUGAAUAAAAUGGAAGAGGGCUUGUAUGAAGAUUUUGAUAAUAAAAUAGCAUUAUUCAGAGCAGAAGUAUCCAGUGUUGGAUUGCUUCAAAACCAAGGGGGGAAUAAUCUUUCGGACUUUUAUCAAAUUUUGAAUCGCAAGGCACUUUAUGAACUAAUUGCUGAACAGAAGGAGAUUGAAAAAAACAUUAGGCAAUUGGCUUCCUUACCAUAUACAUUGCCACGUCUUAAAAUUUUCGUAGGAGAAAUGCCUGCUUCCUCAAUGUUUCAAGCACCAUUUGGAAAAGUAGAAAUAUCUGUGGAUAAAAUAAAUUCUUGUGACUUAUAUGUAAAUCAAGUAAAAUUUUGUAUUUUUGAGUUACACCCAUUUCAGAAGACAUUUAACUUGGAACGACUAGGGAGUGAUUUCAAGUCGUACAUGGAACUAUCAGAAGAGUAUUGUGAAAAUGUUGACUAUGAAACAAUUGAUUACGAAACAAUUGUUAAUUUUACCAAGAAUAAAGCAAGAAGUGCUGAAAAUACUGCAAUUAAGAAAACUAAAAUUAUUAAAGACAAACAGCAAAGAAAAUUUCAGUACACAUCAUAUGACGAAGUCUUAUCUCUUAUUAAACAAAAUGAUGCAGAAGCAUUCCGUGUUAGUUUGACACGACAUCCUAAUUUGGCAAAUGUAAGAGAUUUUGAUGGAUCAACGCUAUUAAUUGAUGCUGCAUAUCAUAACAAGCCAUCUAUCGUAGAAAUUUUACUUAAACAUAACAGUGAUGUUUGGGCAAUAGACAUGAAUGGAGAUAAUGCCUAUCACUUUUGUGCCAGAUUAGGUUAUGAGGACGUGCUAAGAAUUUUAAUCAAUCAUGACCACUCUCGCAUUAAUCAGGGAAACAAGUUUGGUAACACACCUUUGCACGAUGCAUAUGAAAAUGACAGUGAUGGGUGUGUUCGGUUGUUGCUGGCCACACCUGGUGUAAGGCGUGAUAUAUUAAAUAUGCAUCAUCAGAAGCCUUCUCAAGUCACUGUUGGUUCAGUGGUUAAAGAUAAACUGUCAUGUAGAUUGCGGUCUGCUAUCACAAAGAUAAAAAGGUUAUCGAGAAAAUCGGUGUUGAAAAUAAUUGCCACGAAAUACUGCAGGAGACAUCUUAAUCAACAUGGCGCCAUCAAAUUGCGAUCCAUCGCGUCACAACAUGAAAGCCUUUAGGACCAACAACAACGCGGAAGAUAAUGAUGAACAUGAAAUGAAUCAUGUUUUGGUUGAAAAAAAUGGUGAUACUUGUAUUCAAUAUGAUGACCACACCCUUAUCCCAACAAGUUCAAAAGAAAAGUUGGUACAUAAGAAAGACGAGUACAUAAAAUCAUUUACUGUGCAUGGUUUGACCAGAAUUUGCACUGGUAGUAAAGCU